AAUAUACAAGAGCUGUAGAAAACACGCUGUCCAAGUUUCUUUUAUUUAGCAGUUCACCGGCUCCCUCUAUGUGCGUCAUUGCGCAGGACUCGAGGGUGUGUGUCUGAGAAUAAUAAUAAUAAAAAAAUACUCCUACCCCAGUUCAUAUAGAUGGGAGGAUCGAAGUAUAAAUAUCUUCUGCUUGUCAGACUCACACAACUAAGAAACACCAGCAUCAAAACACUGUAAAAACGGGAGCUUGCAAAACACGAUGGCUUGCUAUGACGGCUGUCAGUGCAGCAAUGACAGGAAGCAAAGCAGUAUCCUCUACAGCAUUUUAAAAAACAACAACCACGCGCAACUACGCAGACAUCAGGGGACCAUCCAGCGAGGUUGUUCCUGUGGGUCAAAGAAGAAAGUAGCCCUGAGAUUCCCGCAGUUGACCUGCAAAACUGCCUCUGCUGUUUUAGGAAAGACGCUGAAGUUUAUGAAGAACUUGCCUUGUUUUCAGGAACUACCAGUGCAUGAUCAGCUGGCUUUGGUCAGGAGUUGCUGGUCACCACUUUUAAUGCUUGGUUUGGCACAGGACAGAGUUGACUUUGAGACCACGGAGACCCUAGAGCCCAGUAUGUUACAGAGGAUUUUAACUAGCGGGCAGGAGGAGCCAGGAGACACGCACCGGCAAAAUGAUCUACAGCUUUCAACGGCAGAGAUCCAGGGCAUUAAAGCCUUUCUAGAAAAGUGUUGGGCGCUGGAUAUAAGUACCAAGGAAUAUGCUUACCUGAAAGGGGCCGUUCUUUUUAAUCCAGAUCUACCAGGGCUGCACUGUCUUCAUUAUAUCCACUGUCUACAAAGUGAAGCACAGCAAGCACUAAAUGAAUAUGUAAAGAUUAUUCACAGAGAAGACCUUACAAGAUUUGCCAAACUGAUGGUUGCACUUUCCAUGCUGAGACCCAUUAAUGCGAAUGUCAUUGCAGAACUGUUCUUUAGACCCAUCAUUGGUGCAGUCAACAUGGAUGACCUAUUGCUGGAGGUGUUCUAUGACAAAUAACAGCAUUAUUACUGAACAGUAACGAAGUACACUUAAAAACAACUGCAACCUAUCUUAAAACGAACAGAGUCAUGUGUUGAUGAAAGUAUGCAGAAAAACUGUUUGUGUUCAAAGACAGUACAGUUUGUGCUACAAUAUAACACAUUCAAUGCUGUCCUUAAUCAAGAAUUUGUAACACACGGUGUGUAUCUCUUAAUCCAAAUAUUUCUGGGACAGAUCUAUUAAGAACUUUAAGUUCAACUUGCACAGAGUUUUUUUGUGAAAAAAAAGUUACAGACCAGUGACUGAAUUAGCUUUUUGAAGUAAAAUAAUUCUGUGUUUAUUUUCAAAGGUUUUUACAUUGAAAUGGGGGUAUAUUCACUUCAAAUAACUGCACAUUGCUUAACUUAUUUGUUUUUAAACAUACAUUAUUUUUGUAUAAGUUAUAUAAUAAUAAAAAAGAAAGCUAUUUUUUUUUAGACAUUUGCAGUGUAUUUGUAAAACACGAAUCUCUAAAUAUUUGGUCGAAAUGUAAAAACAAAUUGAUAAUUUUAGAAAUCAUGCAGUCGUCACUGACUAUGCAGUCAAGCAGCUGUCGUGCCUACAUUUAGUUAUAUCUUUUUAUGAUAUAAAUUCAAAGAUACUUAUUGAAUUUAAUUUACUGUAUAUAUGCAUUUUAUUACCUUCAAUAUUAAGCUAUAAGACUUUCAUACUGUCCCUGGCAAUACUCCCUCCUUGAAGGUAAAGAUUGAAUCAAUCAGACUGAACGGCAGCAUCUAGUGGCCAUUUUUUAUUAUUGGUAUUAAGAUUUGUUGUUUUUGAAAUGUUCAUAUCUACAAGUUCCUAUUAUUAAUGCUUGUGGCCAUAAAUCUAGGUUACUGUUAGUGCAGAACCAUAUGGUUCCUUUCACUGGAAUCCUGUGUGUAAGUCAUGUAAGUAACCAACAUCACAUUCUGAAGUACAAAGGUUUUAUAUAACAGCUCCAGUAUAACACCAAAGGCUUCUAAAACAAUCCCCACUAUUGCUACCCCAAUUCUACCCCAGUUCUUGAAUUCAUCACCCAAAGUGUGAAUCCAAUUUUUCUCACCCCCUACCUCACCUAACCACACCCCUUACAAUACAGAAUCAGGGCUGACAAUAGUCCUUGCGCUGUACUAUUGCUGAGUUUGAUACCAAAAACUGACCCAGCAAUGUAUUUUUAGUAAUGUUACUACUGUAUUCCUGAGGAAGAAAUGGGGCUGCAGCGGGGUUUGAUUUAAUCCAGGCCACAGUAAACUGUCUUUACCCUAUUUUGAAUCAAAUGCCAGGGUCUAUUUUCUAAAAGGACUGACAUAAUUGUAGCAGUAAAUAAAAUAACACAAGCAGUUGCAUCACUGUUAUGAGUAGUUUUUUGACCGUUUUAUACAACUGAAAUUAUGGUAACACUUUAUUUGAAUUGGACACCUUCAUCAGGCUACAUAACACUUUAUAUCUAUGCAUAAUUCUCCAUCAUCACUUUGACAACUGACAUAAUGUGCAUAUAAGUAUUCUUAACAUUUGUUAGAAACCAAAAGCACAGUACUGCAAUUGAACAUGUCUGUGACAUUGGUAUUAGCACUAUUACAGGCAUUUUUCAGAUAUUGAUUAUUAAAUAAUGAAAUUAAUUUUGCAGCAUUAUAGUAGCAAAAGUUUAUACUUCAUGGCAUCAAUGUUUUCUGACAUAGCUGACACUGACUCAUAGAGAAGGCAUUGCAGUUCCUUUUCCAAAUCUGCUCUUUAAACCCUACUCCAUUUAACCUGAUUAGCUGCAACAUCUUAAAAGAUUACAACAUUCAAUGUGACCCAACCAGGGAAGUCGUUCUGUGUUCAUUGUUACAUGCUGUUACAUUGAAAUUGAGGUAUAUUCACUUCAAAGAACUCUGCAUUAGCUGAUUUGGUUUUAAAAUAUUAAAAGUUAAAUAAUAAAGAAAACUAUUCUUGAUCUUUA